GAAAACGAACAAGUUUCAGCGGCUAAUACCUUCUGGGAUUCGCCACAUAUCGUACCGGUGACCUUGCUGUCAGCCACAUGUCUCGGAACAUCAUCCUUCGACAAACGAACGGAGCUGUUGGCGAUCCCAACAAACUGUAAACCCUAUCAGAAACUGGACUUCGACCUUCACCUACUGACCGAUAAGGACAGAACGUCUGAUUCUGGUCAAGGGGGCAGCGAUGAGGAGCCCCACGAAGGCCUAAACAUCAAACCAAUCGUCAAGAUUGUACAGUUAGUUCCUCAAAAUCAGGAGAUCAAUCUCAAAAACCAAGAAGAUGGACCUUGGCUGAAGGCCACAGAAUCCUGUACAGUCGACGGCAAUGGUGAACUCAGGAAAAGGACGUUUGAAGAAAACUCUACUUUGGAUAAGGGAUGUCGUGAGGCCCUGGAGUACCCGUUCGAAUUACAGGGCUCAAACCAAAUCCCCGACAUAAUAAACCAUCACGGAAUCUCCAGCAUCAAGAUGAGUCACUUGAAUCAAAAAAAUGCUGACUAA